GGAAUGGCAGAAUUGGGUACUGAGGGCAGCCUGGCAUUUCAGAACAUUUCCAUUCUUCUUUCUUAGAGUUAGGCCAUUUCAUUUCUGUUUGUCAAGGCUCUUUUCUUGAUUUGUUGCUGUAUCUUCUUUUCAUUAAUGAUUUGGUUCCACCCUAAAAGCCUCUACACAAAAAUAUUUUCAAGAAAAAGGAGUUCAUUUGAGGACUGUCCUUGAUUUUUCUCUUCAUAAUUUUGGUUUUUGAUAUUUAUUGAAGAGGGAUCUAAAGAAGUAAAGAACCAUUUUUUAUUUUUUUUUUGUGCUCUUUUCAGAGCAUCUCAUUAUGGGAAACUGUUUUGGUUCUUCAGCUAGAGUUGAUGCCUCUCUCAGCACCCCAUCUGCUUCUGCUGCUUCAAGAGUUCUCAGCAAAACCAGUAAUUCAUCUGACCGUUCCAGCAUUAGCAUUCCCUCUUACAGUGGAAAAUGUAGCAUUGACAGCCUUCCUACUCCAAGAUCUGAAGCUGAAAUUCUGUCAUCAGCUAAUGUUAAGUCGUUCUCAUUCAAUGAGUUAAAAAAUGCAACUAGAAAUUUUCGCCCUGACAGCCUUCUUGGGGAAGGAGGAUUUGGCUACGUUUUCAAAGGAUGGAUUGAUGAGAACACUCUUACAGCUGCGAAGCCGGGAUCCGGAAUUGUCAUUGCUGUCAAGAAGUUGAAACCCGAGGGGUUCCAAGGCCACAAGGAGUGGUUGACUGAAGUUAAUUAUUUGGGACAGCUUCAUCAUCCUAACCUGGUUAAACUUAUUGGAUACUGCUCUGAGGGUGACAACCGUCUUUUGGUGUACGAAUUCAUGCCGAAGGGAAGCCUGGAGAAUCACUUAUUCAGAAGAGGACCUCAACCCCUUUCCUGGGAUACAAGGAUGAAGGUGGCUAUAGGGGCAGCCCGAGGCCUUUCUUUCCUUCAUGAUGCUGAAGAACAAGUGAUCUAUCGAGAUUUCAAGGCUUCUAACAUUCUUUUAGACGGGGUAUGUUAAAUUAGUAUAGUCACUUUCCUUUUUU